AUGGCGGUGGUCAACGUGAGCGUGAGGGAAUCAACGUUGGUGAAGCCGGCGGAGGAGACGCCGAGGCAGGUGCUGUGGAUGACCAACUUGGACCUGGUGAUUUUGGGCAACCACACGCCCAGCGUCUACUUCUACAGGCAGAACCAAAACAGUGUGCACGGUCAUCAUAACAACUUCUUCGACCCGCAGGUGCUCAAGCAGGCGCUCAGCAAGGCCCUCGUGCCCUUCUACCCGUUGGCGGGGCGCCUCGGGAAGGAAGGCAACGGCCGCGGCGAGAUCGACUGCAAUGCGGAGGGCGCGCUGUUUGUCGUGGCUGAGACGGGCUCCACCAUCGACGAUUUCGGCGACUUCGCCCCGACUCUCGAGUUCCGGAAGCUCAUCCCAGCCGUUGAUUAUUCGGCAGGGAUAUCAACUUAUCCCCUCUUGGUGUUGCAGGUCACAUACUUCAAAUGUGGUGGAGUGUCACUUGGUGUUGGCCUGGAACAUCGUGUAGCAGAUGGCCUUUCUGGUCUCCACUUUGUAAAUACAUGGUCUGAUAUUGCUCGAGGUCUUGACCUUACAAUUCCACCAUUCAUUGACAGGACAUUACUUCGUGCCCGAGACCCACCACAGCCUGCAUUCGAUCACAUUGAAUACCAACCUGAUCCACCCAUUAAAACCGGUACAAAAGCUGUAGGUGAUGAAAGUGCAACGGUAUCCAUUUUUAGAUUGACACGGGAGCAGCUCAACAUCUUGAAAGCCAAGUCUAAGGAAGAUGGGAACACAAUCAACUAUACCACAUAUGAGAUGUUGGCAGGCCAUGUUUGGAGAUGUGCAUCUGUGGCACGUGAACUUCCUGAUGAUCAAGAGACCAAACUACAUAUUGCAGUUGAUGGAAGGUCCAGACUGCAACCCCAACUCCCACCUGGUUUCUUUGGCAAUGUGGUUUUUGCAGGCGCACCAAUUGCUGCAGCAGGGGAUCUCAAAUCAAAACCAACAUGGUAUGCUGCAAGCCGUAUUCAUGAUACUGUUGUGCGUAUGGACAACGAUUAUCUUAGAUCAGCGUUGGACUAUCUUGAACUUCAGCCUGACCUGUCACCCCUUGUUCGUGGAGCUCAUACUUUUAGGUGCCCGAGACUUGGAAUAACUAGUUGGUCUAGGCUGCCGAUCUAUGAUGCUGAUUUCGGUUGGGGUCGACCUAUUUUCAUGGGGCCUGGUGGAAUGGGAUAUGAGGGGUUGGCUUUUGUGUUACCAAGUGCAACAAAUGAUGGAAGUUUAUCGGUGGCCAUUUCUCUGCAGUCUCAACAUAUGAAAUCAUUCUCCAAGUUGUUGUAUGAGAUAUAA